GCUGCGUCAACAGUUUCAGAUGCAGUCUCCAUGGCAACAGGAUGACGCCGUUAGCUAGGGGAAACGGAACUGACGUAUUGUGCGUUUCCAGAAGUUUUUGAAUCGUUUUUAGCGGCGAAAUCAGUGCCUUUGUAAAUAUGAGCACACAGGAAGAGUCCUGGGAGAGACUUGACACCGACUUUGAGCAUUUUCUGUUGGACAUUAAACCGUAUGUCCUCAAGCAUCCCAACAAGACAGAGCGUCAGCAGUGUGCCAUAUGGAUCAAGAAGUUAUGUGACCCAGCCACGUGCCCCUCAGGACUGACAGGAAGGAAAAACCGCAACAUUUAUGCUCGUCUGCUUCUUCACAUGCUCAGAAAAGGAGUCCUUGAAACUCCUUUCACCAACAGACCGGAGCCUGGCAGCCUCAAGAUCCUGCCAACCUAUAUAUCUAUUUACUUCGAGGAACCUCCAAGCCGUCGGCCUGUGGACCAGGGAGCCGCUCGUCUGCCUGAGUGGGUGACAGGAGAGCUGGGUGGAUUUACUGACGAGGCUCUGAGUCUGAGUCUGCUGAAGGAUAGAGUCAGUUCUACACCUGUUACAGCCCAUCACAGCAGAAGGCGGUACGGGGAGAAGUCGCCAUCACUACCCACGUCCUCCAGUCCCAUCAAGCAGUCGUCCAGACACGAAGACAGAAGGGUGGAGGGGGAGUUGAAGGCGGAUUUGUCUCAUGAUGACACCGACCUCGAGGCUCGUCUUAACAGCUGGAACCUGGGGAUUGAAAACCCCAGGUAUUUGCGAGAGAAGCCCAUUCCCCUGUCUCCGAUUUUCAAGUCAAGCCGUGGAAGGAACAGCACCUUUGACGAGGACCACGGUCUACAGCUGGUGGAGUUGCAGAGUAAAGAGAUCGAGAUGAAGGUCAGAGUGCUGGAGUCCAAGCACCAGGAGGAGAAACUGAAGAUGCAGCAGAGACACGAUGCAGAUGUUGAAAAAAUUCUUGAACGAAAGAAUGGUGAGAUUGAGGAGCUGAAGAACUCGUACCGGGCCAAGCUGAAAGACUCGGAGGAGAUGAUUCGUAAGCUGGAGAGGAAAGUUCAGGGUGUGUUGCGUGAAUCUCAGGUCAUCUGUGAGAGCAAAGACAAACAGAUCGCCGAGCUGAAGAACAUGGUGGAUCACAACACAGACUCCCUGCAAAACGAGUGGGAGAAGAAGCUGCACGCUGCCGUGACGGAGAUGGAGCAGGAGAAGUUUGAAUUACAGAAGAAACACACCAGCAACAUCCAGGAGCUGCUGGACGACACCAACCACCGGCUGGCGAAGAUGGAGGCAGAGUAUAAUCAUCGGUCACAGGCCGCUGAGCAGACUGUGCGUGAGCUGGAGCUGCGAGUGAAACAUCAGUCGGUGGAGGUGGAAAAGGGCAGCGCUCUGCGUCAGAAGGUGUCACAGGAGAAGGCCCAGCUGGAGCUCCAGAUCGCAUCCCUCAGUGCCGAACUUCAGGAGGCCAAGAGACGAGUCACGAUGUUGCAGAAGGAGAAGGAGCAGCAGAAGGAGCAGCAUGAAGAGGCAGUGCAGCAGCUCCAGGCCAAACAUGAGACUGAUAUGAGCCACUUGUAUCACGAGCACGCUCUCUCCGCUGCUAAGGCGUCUGAGGUGCUUGGAGACUUUGAGAAAACCGUCUCUCUGCUCAAACAGCAGCUGCUGGACAGCGAACAUCGGAGACAUCAACUAGUCAGGGAUCAUGAGAUAAAAUUUCAGCAACAAAAAGACGAAAUGCAGAUAAGCUGUGAGAAAAAGGUUUUUACCAUCCACAGUGAAGCAGAGAAGGAGAUAUCUGAGGCUAAGAAGAAGACAGAGAAGCUAGAGGAGGCGCUCAGGGAGAUGGAGAGCCAGUUGGACAGAGCCAGGGAGAGCCACGGGCUGCAGAUCCAGCAGGCAGAUAUGGCACUGGAGCAGUUCAAGAAUCAGAUGGAGAAAGUGGAGAAAGACGUGAUUUGCUCCAGGUCUCUCAGAGAGAACCAAGCAAAAGAGUUCUCGGAGCAACUUGAUGCACUCCGACACAAAUACGAACAGCAGAUGGCUGAGCAGAGCGCGCAGAAUGAGCAAGAGAGGACGCGGCUACAGCAGCAGCACAGCAUGGAGAAGGACCGCCUGGUCCAGGAUCAGCAGCGGGAGGUGAGCAGCCUGCAGAGGGAGGCCAGGGCCGCCUUACAGCAGCACCAGCAGCACACCCAGGAGUGGAAGAAGCGCGAUGCCCAGACCAUUUCUGCUUUGGAAGCUCAGUUGUCAAAUCUACGUGAUGAACUUCAAGCAGCCCACACCCAGCACAGGCAGCAUCUGGCAGAGCUGGCAGCCAUUGGGGACAAGGAGAAGCAGAGGGCUUUCCUGGACAAGGAGGCAGCACUGAACCGACUCCGCUCCGAUAUGGAGCGCAUCCGUAGCGACCUCGAGAGAAGCCACCGACAGGAGAGGGAUGCGACCGAGGAAAAGACCAACAGCAGAUUGAAGCAGAUGGAGAAGGAGUGCAGUGUGAAACUCAGCAAGUCAGCCCAGCUCAUCGCAGAGCUGCAAACGUCGGUGUGCGACUCCAAGAUGGAGGCCGUUCGUCUCCAGCAGGCGAUGGAUCGGCAGCUGGCGGAGGCCAACGCUCGAUGGGACGAGGAGAGGAAGACGAUGACUCACCACGCUGAUCAGACCACCAAGGCUCUGCAGAAAAAGGUGGAAACUCUUCAGAGGCAGCUGCACAGCUCAGAAAAGAAACUCCUCAGCAAAGAGCUGGAGACAGAGGAGAAGGUGACGUCGGUGCGUCAGGAGUACCAGGAAAAGAUCAAGGGUUUGAUGCCGGCUGAGCUCAGACAGGAACUGGAAGACACCAUCACGUCUCUCAAAGCUCAGGUGAGAAGUGCUGGGAUUGGGGUCAGUAAGACAGUCAGAGGUGAGGUUUCUGCUCUGGUGGUGAUUUAGCAGCUAAUGUGAUCAUUUACAUCUCGUAUAAUUCUCAGUCCAGAAACUGCAGCUUCCAUCGAGGCUCCAUUUAGCAGCGAAAACAUCUUUUGCAUAACCACGUUCUUACAGCGCGGCUGUUCCUGUGAGCCGCGUUUCCCUCUGGGUUUAUACUGAAAACAAAAGUGGGUUUCGGUGUAACGAUAACAUCUAAUAGUUCAAGGUUAUAUAAAGUGGGUUCAUCAUAAACCCCUGCCUUGUACAAAUAGCUCCACUAAGAUCCCGUUUCAGUGCCCAGACCACAGCGCUCUGAUCAAAUAUGUUUAUAAGAUGUAAUUCCUGACCAGAGUGGUCUCCGCUCUCGUUGACACGGUCUUGGUUUGUGCACAUUAAAGUGCAUUAUUUUCACUUGUGGGGGAGGAAGGUGGGAGAAAUCCGUUUGUCUCUGGAGGCUCCAACCACAUUUCGGUGGGGUUCUGCAUAUACUUCCCCACUGCGCGGUGCCAAAUGAAACGCUAGACCUUUCCUGACGUCUCCCCCACAGAAAGGAAUGCAGUCCAGGUUCCAAGAUGAUGGUCCCAGAACAAUAUGGAUUCUUUCACAGCUGUGAUUAUUCUGCCAGGCUGUCAGUGCUGCGUAAAUGAAGAUGGUGUUUAUUAUUACUUUGAACAAGGACACUUCAUAAAUAAAACUCUUGGUACUUGGUAACAAAAAAAACCUCCUCCUUACACGGCUUUCAAUUUCCCCCCAUUUUAUGUGUUCUAACCCUUCUGCCCUGAUCUCCUGACCCCUGACCC